UGUACAUAAACAAAUUAAAUUUUGUUUUUUUCGAGUUAGCCGAAUUUAUACAAAUUUUUAGUGGAAAUAGGUGGAAAUGGCUAUUUUAUAGAUAUCAUUAGAUUACUUCGACUUUCCUUAGUUUACGCUAGUUUAUAAUGAAGUAAACGACUGAAGAAUCCGAAAAAAAUGAAUGAAACAUUACCAUCAGCGAUCAAAGUGGAACCUUCUUUGCACGACGGCGAGAAGCAAACACAGGAAUAUACUCCAUCGGAGAUUAAGCAUGAACCGUUGGAUAUAGAGUCGGAUGAAAUACCGGUAGCCGAACAGGAAGGUGGACACACCUUCAAAUGUCCAGAUCCGGACUGCGGCUACUCUUGCGAGCUAGAUGGACUCUUAAACAUGCACAUCCGUUUGCAGCAUGACGAUCAAAACUUCGGAUUGAUUGAACCAACUCCUUCGGCCGCACCCGAAGUGGAGGACGACUCGACGGAGCUGAAGAUCGAUCUGACGGGCCCGGUCGUCCUGAUUGAACGGGUUAAUAAGAGAAGGAACGUCAUUCACACCUGCAGCCGAUGUGGCACCGGAUUUCGGAAGCGGGAAGUCGCCGAAGAGCACAUUGCCAAGGUCCACAUGGUGCUGAAGCGGUUCACCUGUAGCGUGUGCGGAAGGGGGUUCGAUCGAUCUGGGGAUUUGGAAGUGCACACCCGGGUUCACACUGGGGAGCGUCCUUACAAGUGCCCGGCGGAAGAAUGCGACUACUCAGCGUCGUUGACUAACACUCUGCAGCGGCACGUACGUCGACGUCAUAAAGAUCUAGUCAUCGAUAACAAAUCUGGUGGGCCGGAACCACCAACGGAAGCCAAAAAACAGUGUGAAAAGGAUUCCAAGAAAUCAAAUAAUUCCACUGGAGCUUCUUCCAGUAAGCCGGUUAAACGCGGCAGCAUUACAACCAGAUCCAAAAAACGUCAUGAAUGCACAAACUGUCAAGUAGUCUUUACAAAGUUCGAAUCCUUGCGAGCUCAUCGUAAUGCCGUGCAUGGCAAGGAUAAAAUAUUCAAUUGCCCUUACAGUAACUGCGAUGCUAAAUUUCCCAGCUCUCGCAUACUGGCGAAGCACAUCCUGCUGCACGAUGAAGUAAAGCCGUAUCAUUGCACCGUCGAAGGAUGCCAGUUUACGUUCAUCUCGGAGGACGAUCAACGAAGGCAUCUCAAGCGUCACGAGAAAAAAGCCGACGCCAGCUUGCUGCCGUUUGUCUGCGACAUUUGCGGUAAGCAUUUUGAGCUGAAGUGUGGGCUUGUGCGGCACAUCAGUGCGCUGCACCCGCGGAGCGUUGGUACCAUUGGUAAGUUUGAGGAGGUUUUGGUUUCCGAUGAACAUGAUUCCACAGAAUAAGUUCACCGAGGAAGAGCCAAAGUUUUGUCCUUCCUAUUUGGCAUACAAUUAAAUACAUGUGUUCCUGCUGA